AAACACUAGGCUUCAUAAUAUUUUUGAAAUAAUUCAAUGGCUCUAAGCAGGCGACCAGCAAGGUUUACAAGAAGACCAGAUUCCAUGCAACACAAAACAAUUAGUGAAGAACAGUUAGAGUCACUCAGGGCUGUUGCUGCUGGUAUUUUCACUGACAAGCAAAAUCCCGAGGAGGACAAAUAUCCAGCAAAGGUUCAUCAGGAAGUGAUGGGUAUUAAAAUGGAAAGGGUCAUAAAAAAAGAGCAUGGUGAUGACGAUGUGAAGGUGGAUAGAGAGGUGGCGCAUGAGGAUACAAAGGAAAAGGGAUCACCAAAAAAGAACAAUACGAAGAACACAUCGAUAUAUGGAUUCGAUCUGCACGAAUAG